AUGACAACAACGAAAUCAUCCGCAGAUGGCAGCAUUCAGGGAAUCCUCACUGCCGUUGAUGAAGAGCGAAUGCAUAGCCACCACACCGGAUGUCUCGGCUACCUAAUCGCUUCAGCUUCCUUGCAGUUCAUUGUUGUGCCAUUUAGCGUCUUUGCUGCCGCACAGGGAGCAGCAGCAGCAGCCGACCCGAUCCCUUGGGAGCCCACCAAGUGCUGCGCUUGCUUAGCAGCUACAGGAGCUGCCGCGGGGUUGCUCCCUGAGGCAACGUGCAUGUAUGGUCCGGCAGCCUGCUUGGUGUCGCAGCCGUACUUCUUGGAAGCGAGAGAGACUGUGGGAGAACGCAAAUCACUCCAGCCGCUUCCAGGGGAGUCUGGGGACCGCAGGAGCGUUGGAGGCUGCCUGCCGGCAUCAACAGGAACAAACGCAUUCUUAUUCUUCUGUGGUUGCCGAGUUCUGGCUGCGUUCAAGGGGGUUCACCUCUUCCCCUUCUGGCGAGUUUUUGCUGCGUCUUUCCCUAAGAAGCAGCGCCACGUGCGUGGCGUGCCUCAUCCUGACGCGGUGCACCUUUUACGUGAAAGCGUCGAUAGCAUCGGUCAUCUACGGCAGCGUGCUGCUGCUUCCGUUACCUUUACACUGCUUGUGGCGGGCCGUCUUGUAGAGGGGCCAUCUGCUCGUUCCCUGCUGGACGCAGACCCGGCGCCCGACAUUUCCGGCAGCCGGGCAGUUGAGGAGUUCGCUAGUUCGGCACUGGCAGGGGGAUACCAGCACCAGGGGGUGGCUUCGCGGGCUACUGUAGCUUUCCAGGAAAUUUCAAAAAUAGUUGUGGUGUUAGCUGACACGUUGGUACCGUAUUGA